GCAGGGGGUGGGACGUGGCUGUCCGGCAGCGCGCGCGGGUGGCGGGAAUGUGCUAGUGAGGGGGCGCGCGCUGCUGGGCACAACUACGGAGAGGAUGCGGCGACCUAGAGGGAGAGGGUGAGGGGGUGGAGCCCAGUUACUAUCCGCUUUACCCGUCUGGCUGGAAGGCUUUGGAACUGGAGCCGCUCAAGUCACCGGGAGGAAGAGGGGAGGGGUGGACGGGGGAAGGGGCGGGUCAGCAGGGGGAUAGAUGACAGGAGGCCGUAGAGGGAGGGUGAUUUAUCCCCCCCCUCAGAAACCGAGAUUUUUCACCUCAGAAAUGCUUUGCUAUGGCAGCCUUGGGGUUACCUCAUAAAUCCGGGGUGGGGGGAUGAUACAAAAUGGGCUGCACUGAUUUCUGACCACUCCUGCCGCUCCAUGGGGGGAUUUUAUACGUGACCUGUGAUUUUCAGUCACCCGGGGACCCUACGGUCAUGGUAUUGCCUGUCACGGGACGUCGUUAUUGGUCGCCGACUGACCAAACGGUCAUUUCAUGUACAAAGGACACCCCCAAGGAUAGGCGACUGGCUUCUACAUACACCGUAACGAGGGAAAUCCGGUUAUCCCCAUGUGCCCCAUCUGGUACUAAGGGAUACCGAGAGGGGACUCGACAUAAACUGAAGUUUCACCAGUCUGGGACUGCUGCUGCAGAGAGGAUUUAUUUCCCAUUCAUUGGAGCUGCUGUUGCACAAGGACAAUGCCUUUCUUUUUAUUAAGGGCACCCGUCGGCUGUAGGAAAUUAAAUUUAAAUAUCUAAUUGUUUCUGAGCUGCAACUGAUUCACCGUAAAUUAUACCUUGUCUCGGCUAAAUCGAUUAUUAAGGGACAUUUACCAGCAACUUCAGCGAAUAAGAUUUGUCAUCUUUCCUGGAUUGGUAAUAAGGGACAUUUUACCAGCAACUUCAGUGAAAAGAUUUGUCGUCUUUUCUCGACUGUAAUAAGGGAAGUUUACCAGCAACUUCAGUUAAUAGAUUUAUCGUCUUUUCUCGAAUGGUAAUAAGGGAAGUUUACCAGCAACUUCAGUGAAAAGAUUUGUUGUCUUUUCUCGACUGUAAUAAGGGAAGUUUACCAGCAACUUCAGUUAAUAGAUUUAUCGUCUUUUCUCGAAUGGUAAUAAGGGAAGCUUACCAGCAACUUCAGUGAAAAGAUUUGUCGUCUUUUCUGGAUUGGUAAUAAGGGAAGUUUACCAGCAACUAAAGUGAAAAGAUUUGUCGUCUUUUCUGGACUGGUAAUAAGGGAAGUUUACCAGCAACUUCAGGGUGAUUGAUUUUUACCCAUUUGUCAAAUUGGCUUUUCUGAACUGGUAAUGAGGAAUAUGUACCAGCUUUGGUUAACAGAGUUUGUUCAGCCGCUUGUUACAGUCACCGUUCAUUCGUUCGGUUAUUAUUUGCACAAUUCACAACUCAACGGAUACACAGAUUCAACUGGUCGAAUGAAUGGAAUGUUCCUACCUCUUGUAUGAACAAGUAUAAAGCAGGUCAUGCGACUUAUUGAACUCUUACAUUUGUACUUGAGGAAUCCCAGCGGCCUCUUUAAAGAGAGAGAUGUUUGGUAGUUGGUGGACUUCAUAUUUGGGAUUUGUAGGAGUCACAUUGUGUUUGAAAGUAUUUAUUUUCUAAGGCAAAGUAUUACAAGGAAAGCACUGGGCAGUCAAAAAAAAGUACAAUAGUCCUACUUUAAACAGCAACUUCAAAACAAGGAGAUAGAUAAGUUAAUAACAGAGAACUGAAUAAAAGAGCGAGAGAACAACUGCUGGCUGAAAAAACCUGACACAAUAAACCUCUUUACAGAAGAUCUCGUUGGUUGAAAAAUAUUCUGAAUGAAUUGUGAACGAUCCUGGCAUUUAUUGGAGACAUUUGUAUGACAACAGGGAUAUACCUGAGAUUCGAUAGGGUUAUUGGAUUCCAAUUACACAUGGCGUUCUUGAGUGGACCAAGGCUUCUGGAUUGGGCCAGCUCGCCACCUCACCUACAGUUCAAUAAGUUUGUGUUGACAGGAUAUCGUCCUGUGGCGAGUGGAGGUGAAUGCAUGAGGAGCCUCUUCUAUCUGCACAAUGAACUUGGAAACAUCUAUACACAUGGGAUCCCACUCCUUGGUUUUCUUUUUUUGCUUCCUCUUCAAAUACCCUGGCUUCAGCUGUCUGUGCCAUGGCUGGGUUUGGUACAUUACCUGGCAUGCGUAACUCCACAACUGGGCAGUGUUGUGUAUCAUCUCUUCAUGAACCAUCAUGGCGGGGCUCCAGUCUACCACAAGCUUCUAACACUUGACAUGUGUGGAAUCUGUCUUGUCAACACACUGGGUGCCCUUCCAAUCAUUUACUGUACCCUGCUGUGCUACCCAUCCACCAGGACUUUGGCCCUCCUGGCAUACUCGGCUUUAUCAAGCUACGUGAUCUUCUGUGCAGUUAGCGCUCACAGCAAUGUCAGUCGGCUCUGCUCGUUUGCCUGGCAGGCCGCAUUCCGCUUCUUCAUUUUUUACCUGCGCUGGGCAGACCUAGGUUUUGGACACCCAUCCUCACUGCGCUGCUACCUCUUGAUGGAUGGCCUAGCCUUGUUUGGUGGCAUAAUUAACAUUUCUCGCCUACCCGAGCGCCUUCACCCAGGAAAAUUUGACUACUGGUUCAACAGCCAUCAGAUCAUGCAUGUCUUGGUGGUGAUCAGCAUCAUGUAUUUGCACUGGGGCGUAACUUCUGAUCUCACUUGGAUCAGCAACCACUCCUGCCCCUUGGACUGAGGCUCUUCAUCGUUCAGCUCAUCCUUCUUCAUUUUUGAUUAGAUCUGUGGCAGCUUAGCUUUUAGGAAAAGCAGCAGUGUUUGAGCGGAGGUAGUGGUGCUCUAUACCAUAAUGUAGCAUGCUGCUGCUAGGGCGAUUGAGCGCCCAAGGUAAGCCCCGCUCCAGAAGGAAACAUUUUACAAAGUACUGUAGAAAACUUGAAGUUUACCAUGUUCUAGAUUAUAUAAACAAAAAAAAAACAAAAAACAUUUGCAUUAAUCAUCUGCAGUAAAAUGCUGCCGAUGACAAAGUUAGGACUAAACUGGCUCUAAUUUAACAAGACUGCUCUUGAACCACAGAUUUUUUUUCCAGACUCCGACAAGAAUUGUUUUGCCAGGGAAUUGGCCGUAAAGUGUAUAUGGGUAUUUCAGUGUUUACAUGACGACAGCCUCAAUCAGUCAGGGCUACGCUAAUAUGGAUGUGGUACCUGUCUGUGAUGGACAUAGGCAUUUGAUUGUUUUACCUCAAAACAUAUAUAUAUAUAUUUUGAUAUUUAUAUGAGAAAGUCCAGACGGAUAGGAAAGGAGAUCUAGAACUAUAUGAAACCACUUAAUUUAUAUUGGACAGCUGUUGCAUAGUAUUACAUGGUUUGUGUCAGAGAUACUGUAAAUGCCACUAAAUGAAUUAACAGCAUGGGUGCUUAGUUGACUAUUUAAGCAGGAGCCAGGAUUCUCCAUAUGACUAUUGCCUGUUCUUACAUCUGAUAAAAACAUGAUUCUAUUCACUGGAGGGUGCCGAACAUAAUGGAAUCCCCAGCAAAUCGGGGUUUACUUGUCCUUUAAAGGGGGAAUGUACCUUUCAUAGCAGCACGAUGCUCAGAUUUACCUCUUUAUUAUCUUUCAUAGUAAUCUCACUGACCCAGCAGGUUCAUGAGUGUGAUGCACAUCAGGGAGUUUAUUAAAUAUCUUAACAAUUGAUUGGGGCAAGUAACAUUGGCACCUCCAGCAAACUGGGGUUGACUUGUCCUUUAAUUUGAAUGGGGGGGGGCCUCUUACUUGCAUAGCAGUGUUGCUUUAACCAGAUGUUGCUGUGGCAUACAUGGCAAAUUCUAGAGUUUGUCCCGGCGGGCGAGAUAAUACUUUGCAAAUUCUUUUGCAUCUGUAAUGAAGUUGCCUCCUUGAAAAAGCUAGAGGGUGCAAUAAAAUCAAUAUUAAGGAAUGAAUACAACCUCUUUAACAAGGGGAAAAAAUUAAGAAGCUGUUACACACUUGGCUCAUCUUGUCUCUUCCUCAAAAAAGAGCCACAGAGUGUUAAGGUCCUUAACAGUAUUUCGUUAUGGGUGCUUUUACAUAUGCCCCCUUGAACAGUUGGAAAUGAACCUCUAACUUUUUGCCCAGGUUGUAGUUCUUAUGGAUCUCCACCAAAAUAAAGACCAACCAAAGCACAAAUCAAAGGGAAAUAUGUUCUAUUUACAACCACUUGCUGCUGCUGUUGCGAAGCAGCAGUGAUACUCAAAUCGAUCCUCGGGCCUCAUCGGCAAAUGCCUGUUUUCCCAUUACCCAGGUGUAUGUAUGUAUAACUUUAUUUGUAAGGUGGAACACUCAGUAUGGUAGUCCUGCACUCCUGGAAGAAGAAACAGAGCAUUUUCAGUUGGUAAUGGCUGCUGGGGACAACAGUAAGGCAGCUGCAACUCAAGCAUACAUUUUGUUUUUUGUUCAUAGGCUCCAGAACUGGAGCAGAGUAUAUGCUUAAUGCACAGGGACGUCUUUUUCUCAGUCAAGUAUGUGCUCAUAAUCCAGCUUAGUUGUAGAAACACCAUUUUAUGUGUGGUAAGUUUUUCAUACAUAUAAUACAAAUUUGCAACCAAGGUGCUUCAAAAUGACACGAGGCAAGAUUAUGGGGUUCUAGGCAUUUCAGGGUGCGCCGUGAGGUAACUUGACACUCAGUAUCCCAUCUGCUUUAUUUACCACCACCCCAUCUACGUGCUAUGCAAUCUUGUACAGCUAUAUCACAGUUAACCUUCUCCAAGCUGUCAUUAUCGAGAGGGAUCUCCUAGUACCGUGACCUUGCCUCAAAUCCAUCCUCCAAUAUUAAUAUAUCACAGGGCUUCAAAUCCCCCUUAAAGUACAGUGAAAAUCGAAAGAAUAACCAGAAUUGCUGGGAGGGAAUACCCAAAUGUGCUAGGGUUACAUGGUAUAUUCAACAAUACUGUUUAAGGCCUUGGAAUUUUUAUUUUAAUAUCAUUUUGCAAGAACCAGGAUGUCAGACUCCUACCUACAUAGUAGGGCUGGGUACAUCUCACAGGGCUUUGCACGAGGCCAGUAGUAACCAUGCAAUAAUAAACUUCAGAUUUCUUAUUA